AUGCUUGGAGUGCAAAUUGUAAAAGUGUUUGGAGCUGCAGCGAAACUGAGGGUGGAGUGUCUGUGUUGUAGUGACAUAAUGAGUCAAACAUAUACGAGUUCGCGUGUUGACACUACUUCUCAAAGACCACCGUUUGAAAUCAACAGAAGAAUGAUCGAUGGAUUCCUUUCAUGUGGUUUAGGUCAUGCUGCCAUGAAAAAGUUCGCUGUAUCUGUAAAUACCAAUAUCGUCCAGGAAACAAAUUACAAGAAACACUUCACAGCAUUAUCCAAGCAGUACGAAAUGAUGAGGGCCGAAGUAUUGCCUAAAUCGCGAGCUGCAGUGAGAAAGUUUUACAUGGCGUUGGAUCCAAAUUUGACGGAUGAUUCGAUCAUUGAUAUUUGUAUGAGUUUCGACGGCUCGUGGCAUAGACGAGGACACAUAUCGUUAUAUGGAGUAGCAGCAGUCAUUGACAUCCUGACAGGAAUAGUAGUUGAUUAUGUGGUGUUAUCAAAGUACUGUCAUAUGUGUACUGUAACUGCAGAAGAGUUGGGUAAAGAAUCGCCAGAGUUUCACUUUUGGCAAGAAGAGCACAAGAAGAUGGGUCAAUGCAGUUGCAAUCAUGAAGGUUCUUCAGGGUCGAUUGAAGUCUCAGCUGCAGAAAUUUUAUGGAAGAGGUCAAUUGAAAACUGCCAGAUGCGAUAUACGACUAUGCUUUCUGAUGGAGACUCUAAAGCGUGGAUUGCCUUGCAAAAAUUGGCUCCUUAUGGACCUGAGACGCCGAUAGAAAAAGAUGAGUGCAUCAAUCAUGUGGCAAAACGCCUAGAAACUGGAUUGAAAAAAGUGGCCCAAGAUUCUAAGAAAAACGGUAUCAACAUUGGAGGACGUGCUGAGGGUGCAUUGAAAGAAACUACAAUGGUUGCUCUGAAGAAUUACUUCCGCAAUGGAAUCUCGAGAAAUUUCCAUUCUGUUGAGAAUAUGCGGAGGGAAAUUCUAGCAACAUUGAAACAUUGCUCCUCAACUAAUGCAGACCCUAACCAUGGUGAUUGUCCUGAUGGACCAGACUCUUGGUGCUUCUACAAUAAGCGACUGGCAUUGGGCUUGAGCUCAGGUGACCAUAGCCAGAUGAAGGUCAAAUUGAACAACGCAGUGGUCUCGGCCAUUCGUCCCCUUUAUGACAGACUCACCAGUACCGAGUUAUUGCCAAGAUGCAGUCGGGGAGGCACUCAAAAUACCAACGAAAGCCGCCAUGCAGUCAUCUGGAGCAAAUGCCCAAAACAUACAAUCUCUUCCCUCAGUAAAAUUCGUAUUGCCAUCACUACUGCUGUUGCAGAGUUCAACAUGGGUUUUUAUAAAACUCAGAAGAUAAAAACAUCACGAGAUAAACAUCCACUCAGUAGCAGCAACAAAGGGAUUCUGAAGCAGAAAGACAAAAUCCGCAGCUCCCACAGGCAAAAACAAAAAGAGAUUUCGAAGAAAAAAAUCAAAAGAAAAUUGGAAGCUCGUAAGAAGGCAGCGGAAUCGACUAAAAAAAAGAAAGAGGGCCCUGCAUAUGCCGCAGGUGCAUUCUAA